AUGGGCGACAGCAUAGCGUUGUACUAUGCUCCACUAUUUUUUGAGGGAAUCGCAUACAACUGCUUAUUUCUGUUAUCAUUCUUCAUGAGCAUCAACCGAUUUCUAUUGUUUAUAUUUCCUCGAGCACACAACAAACUCUUCACAUAUUGGGGGACACGAAUAAUGUCAUUGUUUAUUUGGAUUUAUGUGUUCAUUUUUAUUGGAUUGUCGAAUCUAUAUGGAUGUCGCAAACAGUUCGCUAAGGAUGGUUCGUUGAACAGUUUCAAUAAUAACAGCCAGUUUUACUUCUGGUACAACUGCAGCAACAGAAUCCCAGGGAAGUUUCAUUAUAAUGACUUCAUGAAUAUUCAAUCGUAUUUUAUUCCGGCUGCUAUGAUUACAAUGUACUUGAUUGUCUACGUAGCCAUUAGGUUUUCUUUACGAGGAACUACGAAGAACGAGUUUCCUCCAAAAAAGAGCUCAGAUAUCUUAUACAGGUAG